CAUAGUUGUCCAUGGAUGUAGUGUGGCAACAUUUCAACUUCUUCUAGGGUUCCUUUAUACUGGCCACGUAGAAUGCACUAACUUGCCUCCCGAUCAACUUGUUGAUUUGCUGGUUUUAGCAGAUCAUUAUGGUGUUGAUGCUCUAAAGUUUUUGGUUGAAUCUGGGCUAGAACAGCAUGUGGAUGAUGAUUCAGUUGUGCCUCUCCUUACUGUGGCUCACUCACUGCAAUGCUGCUCAUUUGAAGGAAGUUUGUGUCCACCAUUGUGUUGUAAGUGAUGUUGUUCUUGAAAGUGAGGCCCUAGGACAGCUUCCAGAAGAUUUACGUCAUCACCUUACUCUUGCCUUAGGGAAGCACAGAAAAUUAUGCUCAGGGGCUAUUGGAGAAGAAGUGCUUGUUGGAGGGGAGGGUGCUGGGGGAGAGGAUAGUCCCUUGUCUGUUUCCUCAACUGACCCACUAAUUGAUGACCAAAUUAGCUUGAUUCCUGGAUUCCAGUGAAUCCUCUUGUUGGCCACCGUUAUGCUUAAUGGUUUGGUGAACAGCAUUCAUCCAACAUAGAUUUGAAGAAAUGUGUUAUUAGAAUGAUUGAGUGAUCUGGCUCAGGUAUGUGUCAAUUUGAAAUCCUUCUGCUUUUGUAUAUUUUUUAGAAUUGGUGAGUGAAAGUUAUUUGACUGUGAUGGAGAAUGAAUUUACUUUGUAUUAUUUUGAGAGGUUUUAUUGAAAACAAAUAGAGCUGUGUGCUUCUGAUUCUGUGAAGAAGAAAGUUUUUCCAGUAUCCUUAAAUUUUUCAAUUUCAGUAUUUAAAGUCACUUCUGCUGUCUAACACAGUUGUAGGUUACUAUUUCACACGUUAAUAUUUUUCAUCAUCCAAGAUUUUAUAUAUAUUUACAUAUUUAACAAGACAGCUUUUAUCUGUUCAUUCCUGACAUAAGCCAGGUAAUCUCGUGUACAAUUUACAUUACAUCACCAAAAUUAAUUUGAGGCAUCUCUCUUACACUGUGCAUCUUGCAAGUUUUAUUUAUGAUUCACAUCACACUGAGAACAUACAUUCUCAGUGAGUGACCCUUGGUGUCUUUUUUUUUUUUUCUGUCUUUCAUAACUUACUCUCAUUGUAACUAAGUCCAACACAUCACCUGGAAUGCUAGAUGUUCUGUUCGUCUUGUAAGUUGAAAUCUUCUGUAAUGUGUUUGAUUUUUGUGUAUUGUGAUGAAAGAGUUGCCAUUCCACAAUUUAAACAAUAUAGAUUCAUGAAUGAUUUUCUGUAGGAAAAGUUUAGUGAGUAUUUUCAAUACUUUCAACUUGACAAAAUUUAUUAGGUAUUGGCCCAAAGAAACUACCCUCAUGUUAAAUUUUUUAUUAUAAGUUCUGUAUGGUUGUUUCUCAUCUAAUUUUCUUCUAUUAAGAUUACUUCAUCGUUAAGCAGUUUAGAUUUUUUCCAUGAAAAUGCAGCGAAUAGAUUACUACAACAAAUGUUUUUCUUAUAACAUUAGAAGUUGCUUUGUUUAAAAAACUUUUUGAAUUCCCAUGUGUUAGUAAAUGUUUGACUAAUUAAUGGUGCUGUAGUGUGGGGUUUGAUAUGGAAAUGUAAUGAAAUGCUUUUCAUUAGUAUAUACUGUACUCUAUUCUUAACCUUGAAAUUAGUUUUGUGGACAUCGGUCACGUGUGGAUAUCUGUUAUAUGAUGAGCUGUUGCCAGAUUGAGUAAUUUUGAAUGGAAAUUCUGUUUUCACUAAGGUUAGAACUUGGAAGUUUUAUUGUUCAUUGGCUGAUAAGAACCAUGAAUAGUUUCAGAUCUCAUCAAUUUUUGUCUUAGAGUAGCAAAUAGUUGGAGGCAGGAAAGAGAAAGUGCUAUUCUGUCUUUUUGAGGAUGUAUUAUGAAGUUCAGAAGGAAAAGACCAAAUUUCAUGAACCAUAAUAUUAUUAGACUAAAGGAAAAUCAAGGUUUGUAUGGUAUGAAGAUACUCUGUAUAACUAAAUUGUAACAGGACAGGGGCCAACUUUGUAAGGAACCAAAUCAUUUUUUAUGCUUGAUAUGUCUGCAUGCUAACUACUGAGGAUAAAAUUGAAUCUAUUUUCAUUAGUAAGAGAGUAUUUUCUGAAUUUGGGUAUUCUUUCUAAUAAUAUUUCACUAUGACUUAAGAACUGAUGAAGUGGCUGGAAUCCACUGAACUCUUUAACAUAUCAAGUAUCCUACCUGUCCUCACAAGAGGAAUAUGGGAAGUACUACAUUUUGCAGGAUCUGUAUCCUAUUAUCUAUAUAUAGUUAUAUUUUUUCUCUUGUAGAGCUGCAAAGUCUGGUAUAACAAUGUUGGGAAAUUGAGAUUACUUAAGAAUUUGGCAAAGUGCUGGAUAAUUCUCUCGUGUGUGCUUUUGUCAAAGUACUUACUUUGCAAAAACACAGAGUUGAUGAAUUUGCUAAGAGUGGUCCCUAUCUUGAAAGAAUAUCUUGUCAUCAUCAUCAUCCUCGUUAUAUUAGUUCUCUUCAUACGCUUCCAUUUUAUUCCUUUUUCUGUCAAAGUAUGUAUUCUAUUUUACCCUAUGAGUAGUUUUCUGUUCUAUUGAGUGCUGUACUUCUUUGCCUUCAAUUUUUAAAUGUUGUGGUGGUCCUUUGCAUUGUAAAUGCUUUAAUGCAUUACCUCAUAUACAGAAAAAUUCUACUUUAAUACUGUAUGAAAACUCUUGGUUAUUGCUGUUGACAGGAAGUACUAUACAGUAUUUCCGGUUUUAUGCUUAUUAAACAGGCAAUGAAUUUUGUGUCUUGACUCUUCCUCUGUGGAUUCUUGACAUAAGAAAUGGCAUGCUUGAACAUCAAUUUUAAUGUACUACGUAUAUAUUUUUGUCUUUUCUCUUCCUCUCCUCCAGAAAAUGUUGAGCAUAUUCUUCUAAUCAUGUGUACAGAGAAUUUGGUGAUUUUUAAUAGAAAAAAUGAUUUCUAAUAUUAAUGUUAGAUAUUCACAUUAAAAGUGUGAAUGCAAUAUUGGAAAAAAUGUAGAUUUUAUCAUUGUUAAGGUAGCUGUGAUAGGAAGCAUGAUUUUGAUUUAAUGUUAGGCAGCUGUUCAUGUUUUAGUUACCUUGAAAACAUCAUUUGGAUUAUCAUUUUCUUAUCUCUUCAUCAUGUGGUAGGGUUUUUCAUGGUCUCUGGCAAUUUCUUUGAAAGUUUUGUAUUUUGUUUCAAUGAACUAAAUAUUCUAAAUCAACUAAUAGUUAAAAAAAAAUGUCCUGUUCAAUUUCAAGAUGAAAGGUUAGCUAGAACAUUGAAGCACUCCAAGAGUGGUUUGUUCCCUAAAGAAAGAAACUAUUUGCAAAUAUGUAUUCCAUUAAGUAUGAAUAGUAGAGUUUUCAUCAGAUGAUUUUGCAGUGUGUGUGUGCGCAGGAGAGAUAAUGCAUGUUAUCCAGGGGAAAUCUGGAUUUAAUGCCUGUGAGCAGAAUUGAGGGUGUGAAGCAGUCUUUGACAGAAUAAGAAAUCAAGCAAGUUAAAAUUUUAGAUCAUGUACUGUAUGUCUGGGAAGUUACCAGAAGACUUGGUCUGUUUUAGCUUUUGGGGCAGGACUUUAUAUUUGGUUGAAAAUUUUCAUUUAAAGAAUACCCCUCCCCUAUUUUUUUGGGUUGCAUCCUUUUUCAUUGACUUAGUUUCCUAUGUUAGCUGUUCUGUCAAUUGUUACACUCUUCAUUCUUAGGUAUAUUAGGCUUGUAGAUGCCACAGAUUCCUUGCUUUACAAUCAUGGAUUGUUUUUUUAACUGGUUUCCAGCUGGCACUAGAGGAUUAUCCUUUUGUUGUGACUGAAGGUUUGUUAGCUUUGAAAAAUACACAUUUAUUAAAAAAAAUUCAUAUUUUGUGUACAAUGCUCUUUGGUUCUAGCAUACCUAAGCAUGCAUGCAGUUUUUAAUAUGUAGUGAGGAAAUAUGUUUUCUGUCAGAGUAUUGAGUAUUUGUCCUUCCGGUUUUGUAAUAAUCUUUUCUACAGCAGAAGAACAUCACAAUUGUUAGUAGUAUGUGUAUUUUGUGUUUCCAUUGGUUUAUGGAGAUCCCAUAUUCAUUGCAUCUUUUCUUUUCUGUUCACAUUAGUAAUUGAUGUUAGGAUUCCCUGAUCAUGCCUUAUGUUUAGUAUCCAUAGCUCUGCUCAAAUACCAUUUCUUAGCUUAUAGAAAAUAUUUUAAUCUUACAGGGGUAGCAAUGUUAUGAAUCAUUUGUUUAUUAGGGAGAACUAUAAGAACAGAGUAUAUAGCUGUCCUUAGCAAUCCUAUGGCUUUUGUGUGACUGUAUUUUAAUUCCAAUGCAGAAAUACAGUACUUUACUCUAAAAGAAUAUUUAGUGAUAUACUUUAAAGAAGUUUGAAGUCUUUGAGCAUAUAUUACCACUCACUAUAUGUAUUUUUAGGUAGUAUUUUGAUAAUGUUGAGUAUUGGUGUGUUAUUGAGAAUUUUUAAAGCAUUUUUAUAACUUGUUGUUUGAAAAGCAUGUGUUCAUGAAAAGUACUCUGUGAAUUCAUAAAAAAUUGUAGUUAUUUUCUUUCAUUGUAGUUGUUUUUUUAUGAUCUGUAAUAGCCUUUGUAAUUACAGAACCUUUUUGUAGUCUUUGUGAUACUGCCAGAUGUAACUUUUUAUAUAGUGUAUGGGUAAUAGUAGUAAAAGUAGUUGUAGGAAUUUGUAACUUUAUAAGAAAUUGUUACCUUGAAUUAUACUUUAUUUGAAACAUUGAUUACUAAAUAGUCAUGAAUUUUUUCAAUAUUACAGUACAGUAUAUACAAAAGUCAAGGUUUUUUCAAGUUACAUUAAUCAACGGAGCAAUGACUACCAUCAUUGUGAAUCUCGAUCUGCAAUUUGAACUGUUUUAAACUUCAUCUCUGAGUAUUGUAAGCACAGUGGCUCAUGACAUCAACAAUUCAAAAAUAUAACCAAAAGUUAACAUUGUAAAUGCAUUAUACUAAUGUAUAUACUUUUAAAAGAAGGGCUGUUAAUUUUUAUUUUGGGAGUCCAUUAUAUAUAACUUUCCCUCCUGCUUGUUAAUGGUAAGCUUUGCUGAUUGCAGUUGCUGGUUACAAAAAAUAAAAACUAUCACUUAUUCUGUUACAUUUUAAAGAGUGCAUUCACAUCUAAAAUAUUAAACAUUUUGUGGUUACUGCCAUGGUAUAUGGUAUUUAUUAUCUGUUUCCCUCAACUAUGCUUUAUGCUAACUUUGGUCGAAUAGAAUUAAAGACAGCUUGCCACAUGCAAAAUGUAAAUAGAACAUGUAAGAUUUGUUCAUCUUCAACAUCCAUUGAAAGGUCUUCCAGCUGAAUUAAUUUUUUCUGCUGUUGAUAAAUCUGGUGUAAAACAGAAGAGUAUCUAAUUCCAGCAGAAUGGCCAAAUGUGUUUAAUUAAGGUUAAUCAUAUACUCUCUAGUUGAGCAUAAUUAAACAUGGUCAUUGUUAAAGUUUUAUGUUAUUUAAGAAAUUUGAAUUGAAAUAAAUGAGGACAGAACUGGAAACUACAUUGAAUAUGGACUGUAUCUUUUAACAUUUCUCAUUGAGAGUCUCAUAUUUUUAGUUAUCAGAAGGGUAAACCUUGGAAAUUUUGUCUGUACAGUGCAGUAUUGUCACUAGUAAUUGUGUAUACAUGUUACCUUCAAUUUUAAAAAACUUUCAAGAAAACAUGUUCCUGGAUUCAUGGAGCUGCUAGGUAAUUUAAAGUGUACGGUAUGUAGCAAUAGCAGAGCCUCAGAUUACUAGUGAAAUACAUUACUUUGAAAAAAACACUAUUCCAUUUUCAUUAACUUGACAGCUAGCUACUUUGCUUCUUAACCCCAGUUAAGUUUUCUUAAUGUAAAAAAUAAAUAAUUGAAAAAAUGCUGCUCAUAUGGAAGAAGCAAGAUAUUCCACACAGACAGAAGUCAAAACUUCUUUCCAUAGUCACCUCUCAGGAUACAAAAGAACAAAAGACGAAUUACACUUUGUGAUUCAGAACUGUGUCAAACCUUUCUAUUGACUGAACUAACCACUUGUUGAUGAUUGGUAGUUAGACUGGCAAGCGGUAUGGGAUACUUAAUGAACUUUUUAUUUCCUCAGUCUGUAGAAGCUGAUCACAUUCAUGUUAUUGAAACAUCCAGUCCAGAGGGUACAUUUGCCAAAGUUUCCUGACAGACAACUGCCAGUUAUCUCCAUUGAACCAUCUACUAAUUGUUAUAAAACUAUUUGGUUCUUUCUUACAUUGUCAUUGCCAUAAUUGUGAUGAAUUCUCACUAAUAUCAUUGUAAAAUAACUUUGAAAGAACAGUCCCUUCACAGAAAUAUUUAAAUGGAACUGUUCUUUCAAAAGAGUUAUAUAAUCUUUAUUGUAUUUAUAGAAUCUUUACUAAUCAUUUAAUUGAUUAUUGAUAUAAGCCCUUUUUAAAAUAUUUGCACUAUAAUUGAGCACUUGCACCUUUCUUCAUAACAGUGAACAUGCACCAUCUUGCACUCGGUAAAAUGUGAGCACUGCUCUUUUUGAAUGAUGACGAAUCAAAGACUAUUGCGUAUAGAAUUUUGUCCCUUGUUGACUCAUGUUAUGGAUCUUAGUAGUUUUGCAUUUUAGUAAAGGUGUAUAUAUAUAUUGUAAUCUUGGUAUCAUUUGCAUUUUUAGUAAGUUUAUUGCUAUACUGGGAGUAUUAUUGUUCUUGCUUUAAUUUGAAGCUAUCAUGUACUAUUUUAUUCAUAAAAUGUCCUGUAUAAUCAUUAAUAGUUUACACAUUUUAUGGUAAUUUACUAGUCAAGUAUGCAUUUAUUAGUUUUUGCCUUAUUUUUUUUUAUAGUUGAACUGUGGACGAAUCUUUGAUAGACCAAUAUUGGAAUGCCAUGAUAAACUUAGCCCUUGACCCCUUAGAGUUUGUUGUCAGUGUCUUUUCAAGGUUGGGCUUCAUGGCACUUUGCCUAUUGUUCUAUGACUUGAUUAGUGAAUUUAGAAACUUCGUAAUAAAAGGAAUAUUGGACCUUUGCCAGGGUGUUCUCUGGUGGCUCUUAUGCUUUUAUUUAUUUUUUUUUAUUUAUAUCUUUUUGUUAAGAAAAAAUGCUAAAAGUAAGCUAGUUACUACAAUACCUGCAAUAGAUGUGUGUUAUAUUGGGAACAUUUACUUUUUGAGUGGUGUCUUAUUUUGUACUUUUGUGUAUCUUAUGUAUUUGUAGCCUAAUAUUUUCAGUAAGAAUACUUAUUUUUUCAUGAGAAUUUUUGUGUAAUUAUCACUCAUUCAGAGCAAAUGUGGGGACAAUUCUCAUGCUAUUAUAACAAUAAUCAUGUUUGUUUAUGUUGAGGCCUCUUACUGUGUUAGGCUUUAGCUUUAUAUUGAGGCUCUUUGUCAUUCACAUGUAAUAUGCAAAUUAUACUCUUACUUUAUUUAGACUGAGCACAAAAUAUUGUUUAAAUGAAGGAUCUGAGAUCAUGCAAAAAUAAUCAUGGACUAAUUGAAUAUUAAAUGAUUCACUGUUCAGGAGAAGUCAGCAGGUACUACAAAGAAAAUUCAAUUGAUUAUGCCCUCAUAAAGAAAUGAUCCAGGAAAGAAGCAUUUCCGUAGUAUCAUUUUGACUGGUCGGAGGCUUCGCCUUAUUUUUCAACUAAAUCAGCUAUCUGGAGUGUAUAGAGAUGUCUAUGUACGUGUUUUUAAAGCACCUACGUUUUUGCAAGCCCUAUUUGAUGAGGUUGUUGAUAUACAGUAUUAAAUAGUACUGGCAUCAGAAGUAACAUGAAACACAAACCUAAUAUUUCAACCAGCAGCACAUAUCAAGUAUUGGAAGUAAAUGAAUAAAAAGAUACUUUUCAGACUCGGCAUGUUAUCAAAUGAAUAGAUUUUUAAUCGGUCGCAAUAAAUAUAUGUAAUACAUAAUAAGUAAAAGUUAAUAUGUAUAUCCCAUCAAGUACAGACCCUUUGGACCAGCCUUAUAAGAAUUAAGAAUUUGAACUCAUUGUCUGAUUAGAGAUUAUAAUAAUAAUACAUAAUAAUAAUAAUAAUAUAUUUCAUAAAAGAUUUAUUUAACAGAACACCCAAGUGUUUUGCAAAUAAGGAGAAAACCCCACAUUACUGUAGUUUGAGACUACAUACUGGGUGAUGUUUUGAGUUUGGUUGGUCUCGCCAAAAGAAAUUUGUUUUAAAAGAAGAGGGAAAAUUGAAGCAAAUUAAGGUUAAAGUUUAACAUUUGGUUUGGAAUUUUGUAUAUUUCUAAGGUAUAAAGAGAGCAAGUACAUAGCUAUACUGUACUUAAAAAGCAUAUGCUUUGCAUAUAUUACUUUCUGUACAUUUAAUGUGUAAGUAUAAAGGUAGGCAAGAUGGGCAACGAACUCCUUCAUUAAUAUAGUGCAAACUUUUUUUAAAUAAAUUUUUUAUCAUUGCUAACAGAAUCUAUUAGAAUGAAUAUUUAUUAGGGCUAAAGAUUUUUACAAUGAAAACCAUACAGUGAUUUUAGGAGAUUUUCAAGUUUUUGCUCUGUUGACACCUGUAAUUGAAUAACAGGUCAUGAAAAUGAAAAUUGUACAUUAUUUUAGCAGAUUCUCAAGCCUUUUUUUUUUUUUUUGUUUUUUUUUUUUUUGACUCCUUUAAUUAAAUAACUGGUUAUGAAAAAAACUUAGGUCGUUUUCAUUUUCUUAUGUUCCUGUUAAGCAGGUGACUGAUUGAUGGUGUUUAUAUAAUUUUUCAUCUAGCAUGACUUGUAGACUUAAACCAUCCCAUUCUAGACAUGUAUAAGAUGUCAACAUUGUGUGUGAAUGUGGUCAUUCUUCUUUUUGUGUUGGAGGUCUUUUUGAGGAAUGUUCUAAACACUGUAAUGUAAUUUUUAACAGUAAAAUGAUUGGUAAACAAUUAAUGCUGGGUACUGCUCUUCAUUACUUGAUCUCUUUCAAGUUGUUCUUAGUAAUAUAGUGAGUCAGGUCAGGGUUAUUACAUUUCAUGGAGAUAGCUUUAUUUUAAAGACUUCUGGAAUAGGGAUAAUUUUCCAGUUCUCCUUUUCACUUUACCCAUUUGCUGCACUUGUUUGAUCAGUAGCAGUAGUAGAGAUUUUAGGGUGUAUUGUGGAGAUAAGUGGGAAGUAGGUUUAGCAAAGUGUUUUGCAAUAUAGUUUACCAACUUAUUGUUGGUAAUGUGAUCUGUCUUGAGGCUUUUGCCAGGUUACUGAACAGUUUCAUCCAAUGCAAUACAUAAAAAUGUAGGUGCCAUUUGUCUUGAGUGUUAACAUUUCAGUGUUAUUCGGCUAGUAGCAUUUGUUUUACCUUGGUGAAAAUUUUUGAUAGCAAGUAAUUAUUGUCCCCAUAUUUGGCAAGAGUGUAAAUUUGUUCAAGGCUGAUUAUUCUAGUAUUUUGUUACUUUUUUUAUGCAGCUAUCUGUAACAAAGAUUAUCUUAUAAAAAUAUAGAUUUAAGUUUCACAUAAAUAUAUGGUACUAUAGUAUCUGCUUUUAUUAAUGAAAGCUGUUUUUUAUACUAUUUGGUAUUUGUUCAGUUCUCUUAGAAAGAAACUAGUUUCUUUGGAAUUGCAGAAAAAAAUAUACACAUACACAUAUAUGUACUUAUAUACAUAUGUGUAGGUUUACUUGCAUAUUUAAAUAUAUGUACACACACACACACACA